UGACAUCUUUUUACUCUCUCUCUCUCUCUCUCUCUCUCUCCAUCUGAUAUAAAUACCAACCACCUCUCUGCCUCCCUUUUCCCACCAUCUCUCUCUCUCUCUCUCACUCUCUCCCAAAACCCAACUGUUCUUCCUCUGCUUCAGCCCAAUUUCCCAUCUCUCUAAACACUCACUCCCACCCCAGAGAAAAACCACCAUUCCCCAAUCGCCUCUUUUUCUCGGCUGCCAAACAAACCCAUUUCCGAAUCCUUUGUUUUUUCCAUCAAUCCGAUGUGGCAGCGCCGGCGCCGGCAAGGCGAUAACUACUGAGCCAUGGGCUGCGUGAUCGGAACGCUGCUCGCCGGCGAUUCCCGGAAGCCCUCCGGAGAUUCUCGUCCUCGCCGGAACGCCGACCUACCAUCGGAUGCUAGUAGAGACGUUGUUAGGGUUACGAAUGGUGGGGAGAGCGAGCCGACUCUUCAGGCCGACGAUGUUCCGACGCCGGAUCGGAUUAAGCCGAGGCUGGAGUUCGGCUUGAAGACGAGCCAAGGCUGGCCGUCGUGGUUGUGCGAAGUCGCCGGCGAAGCCAUCAAGGAUUGGACGCCGCGCCGAGCCAAUACCUUCGAGAAACUGGCCAAGAUUGGGCAAGGGACGUAUAGCAAUGUAUAUAAAGCUAGGGAUUUGAUUACAGGGAAGAUUGUGGCUCUAAAGAAGGUUAGGUUUGAUAAUUUAGAGCCAGAGAGCUUGAAGUUCAUGGCAAGAGAGAUACUUGUCUUGAGAAAGCUUGACCAUCCUAACGUAAUCAAGCUUGAAGGCUUGGUUACUUCAAGAAUGUCUUCAAGCCUUUACCUUGUAUUUGAAUACAUGGAACAUGACCUCUCCGGCCUCGCCGCAGUCCAGGGAGUCAAGUUCACAGAGCCACAGGUCAAAUGCUAUAUGAACCAAUUGUUGUCUGGGCUUGAGCAUUGCCACAAUAAUGGGAUAUUACACCGUGAUAUCAAAGGUUCCAAUUUGCUUAUUAACAAUGAAGGAAUUCUGAAAAUAGCUGAUUUUGGACUAGCUUCUUUUUAUGAUCCUGAACAUAAGCAACCAAUGACAACUCGUGUUGUCACCCUUUGGUACCGUCCCCCAGAACUACUACUUGGGGCCACUUACUAUGGUGUUGGUGUUGACCUAUGGAGUGCUGGCUGCAUUUUGGGAGAGUUACUUGCUGGGAAACCAAUAAUGCCGGGACGGACAGAGGUUGAGCAACUGCACAAGAUAUUUAAAUUAUGUGGUUCUCCAUCUGAGGAAUAUUGGAAGAAAUCCAGGUUGCCUAAUGCAACCCUUUUCAAGCCACAGCAGCCAUACAAGCGGUGCAUAUCAGAAGCAUUGAAAAAUUUCCCACCUUCCUCUCUCCCUCUAAUUGAAACUCUUCUUGCAAUUGAGCCCGAUGAACGAGGUUCUGCCACUGCUGCACUCAAUAGCGAAUUCUUUACAACCGAACCUUAUGCUUGUGAGCCAUCAAGCUUACCGAAAUACCCUCCUAGCAAAGAAAUGGAUGUGAAAUUGAGGGAUCAAGAAGCGAGAAGGCAAAGAGGUUUGAGCGGGAAAGCAAAUACUGGUGAUGGCAACAGAAGAGUGAGGGCCCGAGAUUGGGGUGGCCGGGCAAUUCCUGCUCCUGAAGCCAAUGCAGAGCUCCAUGCAAAUUUGAACCAGUGGAGAGUUCUGACACAAGCAAAUGCUAAGAGCAAGAGCGAGAAAUUCCCCCCUCCCCAUCAGGAUGGAGCGGUUGGACACCCUCGGGAUAAAUCACAUAAUGGCCCUGUAUCAUUUGGUGCUGCCGAUACUUCUUUUUGCUCAUCGUUUUUUGAGUCAAAGUCAUCAGAGUCUGUUAAUAAUACUGCAGCCACAGGUGGGCCUUCCAGGAGGAGGACCAAAAGAAGGGGUACCCAGAUGGCUCCAUCUCAAAGAUUUUUCCGUGCCUUCAUUCCAGCGUCUGUUGGAUUAUCGAUGGAGUAUAGAAUAAAGGGUAAAGGAUCUGGUUCAGAGGUUUUUCACAGCAGAAGGUAGAGAAAGUAUUGGAGGAGUUAUAAAUUUCUCAGAUUAGGUGCUUUUCUCUUCCCUUGUUUUUUAAAUGGUUUUUUGUUCAUUAUUUCUUCAAUUUAUUGAGCUUUUUGUCAUUUUAACCAUUUGGUGUAUAAUCCACACAAGUGGGGAUUUGAAAGACUGAAGUGUACAGUUACAAAAAUGAAAUCCCGCUUCUGUUGUGCAGUUCUCAGAA